AUGGCCGCCAGCGACCGUAUACCGCAUCUCAUGAGCGCCCUCGAUGUCGGAACCGGCCCUGAUAACUCCCGCGCAACCUCUCCUGGAGGCGACUGGCGCCAGCCGAAUGGCGGCGUCAACGGCAUAGACAUCGACAAAGCCCGCAGUCGCCCGCGAACCUUCCCCUACUUCGAGUACCUUCCGUAUGAUACCGAGGAGCAGAGCGAGAGAUUGGAGAACUUGGAUACAUGUCUGAAGCAUCUCUAUAUCGCCGUCUCGGCUGGUGACUUUGCGCCCGGCGCUGUACAUUGGACGCGGGAGAUUCGGGGAUGGCUGUCACUCAAGUUCGAUCUGCCGCGCAGCACAAGGGUGAAGCUGAUACAGUUGUACUAUGAGCUCGCGCUCGCUCCAGGCCUCGACUAUCUAGUCGCUGAGCGUUUUGCGAGCAUGUUUAUGGUGUUGACAAAGCGGAAGCACUAUCUGCGUCCCGGAAAGGACCUGGUCCUUGAUUGGCGACCUCUGUUCCGCGAGCUCAAGCUUUUCGUUCUGCCUUCGGAAUCGGGAGGCUCCCACCCACCGAAUGUGAAGCGCAACAUUCGCACAUUGACGAAGAUGUGCACGUUCGCACAGCUUUACUUCGAUCCACAGGACAUACCGAAGCUCUUCGAGGAGCUUCUGCCAUAUUAUAGUACAUCGUUCUCUGAGGGUGCGUUUGUCGUAGUGGGCCUGCUUAACCUGUUGCUCCCUACGAAUUCUCCACCUGAGGGUAGGCCCGACCUACUGCCACAGGAGUACCUACCUACGUUCUUCCACAUGUGGUCUCUAGUCAAUCGAUCGAAGCUGCUCGAUGUGCAUUUCAUCGAUGUUUUGUCACGACUCGCCCGCGACUCAUUGGGCGCAAAACACAUUGCAUACUCGCAGCAUGGUAUUUUCACAGGGGAGCAAUCAUCACAGAUCUUUACAGCCAUUCUUAGAUUGCUUGAGAUCCCUGUCGGACAAGCAACUUCGCCGUACGCACAAUCUGUGGAUUUGGGCGCUGGCUUGGCCAUCAUGUUAGAUCGAGACACGCGGAAGCACCCGAUCGCACAUCAGAUUGCAAGGUGGAUCGUCAUGUCCAUGUCUCCAGCAUGCUUGGAGCACCCGGAUUCCGUUUUGAGCAAGCUCGAGGGCUUGAUCCAAGCGGUCGAAACUUUCUUCCACCCCUCCAACUCAGGCAGCUGGACCAAGUCCCUCUCGCAACUCGUAUUCUUCCUCUCUGACUUCUUCGUCAUGCGUUGGAACCGCGAGCGUAGCGGAGAGAUGGAGGUUCCAGAAGAUCGCAAACUAAACGAUGCCCUCAAGCGACGAUUCGUGCUGUGUCUUCGGGAAGUCAUCUUCAUGGGCAUUUUUGCCAAGAGUGCAACGAUGGUGAACUAUUCACUUUCUUCACUCCAGAUUCUGGCCUACCUCGAGCCCAAUCUGAUCCUACCAGGCGCUUUGCAGCGAAUCUACCCCGCUAUGCAGGGUCUUGUUGAGGUCCAUCGUACAAUCUCAUCCAUCCGGGCACUACAGAUGCUCUCGAAAAUCAUGGCACGCACGAAGGGCUUCCGGUGUCAUGUUACAUCGGUGCUAGGCCUUGCACUCCCUGGUAUCGAUGCCAAUGAUUUGGAGAAGACGCUGCAUACCCUGUCCUACAUCCAAGGCGUCUGUUACACUGUACCCUUCCACGAUCUCACAAAGGAGAAUAGACGUGUCACGGAGGGCGCAGCCAGAGAUGGUACGGCGACCCCGAUGGAAGAAAUGGACACUGACACCGGAAUCGCCGUGGGGUGGAUCACGGAACAGGUGGAACGUCUCGAGGCUGCUGGCAGCAACAUCGAGAUCGACUAUGCAAAGGAAUUAAGUGACCACGAUGAGGAGAUGAUCUUGCGAUCGUCAACGACUGGCUUGGCCGAAUUCCUUCACUCUUUCUUAGGUCGAGUCUUCACUUUGUUGGAAAAUCUGCCAGAUGCCUCGCGAGUUCGUAGUGGAUCUCCCGAGGAGAGCAUAGUCAACACUUUGCCAGCCGCAUUCACUCCCCUCCUGUCCGCACUUUCCCCUGAUCUGUUUGACAUUGCGUUGGACAAGAUUGCCAACUUCAUCACAAAUCAUGUCAUUCAUCAAGCACGUGAUGCCAUGGCAUUCAUAUGUAAUGCAUUGGUCAAGAUCAACCCAGAGCGAGCACUGAAGCGCUUGCUACCCAAUCUUCUCGCUGGCAUUCGCACCGAGAUUGAUGACAAUGGUGCUGGUUCAUCUCGAACAACAGGGUCCGAAGUCCUCCCUCGCGACCGAGCCUUGGUGUGGAACAUCGCCCUCCUCAGUAUGUGCGUCGUCCACGUCGGUGAUGCCGUCCUGGCGUACAAGGAGGAGCUGUUCGAGAUUGCAGAGUACAUGCAGCAAAAGUGUCGAGGAACACCUACCGUCCAUGUGUCCAACUACAUUCACCAUCUUCUGCUCAAUCUGACAGUGACUUACACGAUCGAUUACUCGAUCUACGAGCCCGAAGAGCUCCAACAGGGUCUCACUGCGAACUCUUGGGGAAGGAUAGUCGAUCCCAAGAAAUUGACUGUGAAAUGGCACAAGCCAUCCCCUGAAGAGAUUGACUUUGCGGUCCGACUGUUUGAGUCUCAGUCCAAGAGUGCUAUCAAUCAGCUUCAAGCCCUCACUGGGCCGGAUCCGCCCAUCAAGCGUGAUGGUACCGGAAAGGACUGGUCCGACGAGCUUUCAAGGAACCUUGUCUUGUUAAGGCUUCUCAUCUCUGGUAUUUCCGUGCUAUUCGACCCACGUCAUGAUCAAGCGAAAGACGAUAAGGCGCCUGCUGAAUCUGACAAUGGGUCCGAUCCCGAUGCUAUGGAUACCGAAGGCAUCGACGACGAUGCAGGGCUCGGAGAGGCGGAGGACGAAGAGGUCAAACCUACGUUCCAAUACGAAGCCGGCUACCCGCUCAAGCGUGAUGAUGACAAUUACAAGCUGAUUCACGAUCUUCGCCAUCGCAUAGGCGAGGUGUUGCACCAGGUGCACCACUUCAUGACUACCAAGCAAGAAGACGACGUUCUCUGUUUCAACUCUCUAUACAAUGCCUACCGUUGCUGGUUCAUUGACGUCGGUAUUGAGCGCUCUGCUCACGUGCUAGACAGAGUCACCAGGCUCCUCGAAACAAAUGAGCUUCCUUUCAAGUUCAGUGGAUUGAGAAAGGAAUAUCCUCGCCCCCUAUUGGUCGGUCGUGCCAAUGUAUACCACCUACAGCGUCUUCGACACAACGCCAAUCCUCGCCCGAAGACAGAUCUCGAUAAGCAGUUGCUCUUGGAUCUUGCUGAGUCGAGCGUUUCUCUGUACACGGAAAUUCGUCGCACGUCGCAAAGUGCCAGCGAAUCUGCUGUUAAAUGCAUACUAGGAGCACGCCCGCUUGUCAUCCCACCUUUGCUCGAGGCGUUGACUAAAGCUGUUGCUGAGAACAACUACCCACGCAUUAAGGGUGCAAUGUUCUCAUUGCUUUUCGGUAGUCUUGCGAAGACCAUAAGUCGAGAUUGGCGAUUCACGCCUACCCUAAUUAAGGCGUUCAUCGAAGUCACAGGCGCGGACAAGCCUUCUGUGCAGAAGCUCGCUUCCAACGCUACUUUCCAAGUCAUGGACAUGGGCAAGGCGCUGGAAAGGAUGGUUAUACUCGACAAAGACAUUGUUGAGUCCAUUGCUUUCGCCAUCGGGACGGACCAGCAAGAAGCAGUUCAACAGAAGGUUGAAAAACGACGCAGUUACAUUAAGAGAAAGAGAGGACGGAUAGAAGAGAAGAAGUCUAAUCUUUCCCUCGAGCUGGUCGAGACCUGCAAAACAGCUCACUGGAAGAAGGUGAGCAGGACUGCUGCCAUUAUCGUAAACCUCACUAUGCGGUACGAGACCAUUGCGUCCGAAGAGAUGAUCGAUCUCGUGACCAUGGGUACAAUCGACUCUCAUCCCAAUCUUCGCAGUCUUCACGCCGGAGCACUGAUUGGACUGUUUUCUGUCAUCCAGACGCGCGCAAUCACCGGCCACAACUAUGAGCGCUAUUUGCUUGGUGACGAAGACCUUCCCGACAAGAUCACUGUUCCUACGAAGUCCGAUCAGCCUGGCUGGACCGAAGAGCACCUGGCUACCUUUGCGAAGCCCGAGGCCAAAUACUAUGUCGACUUUGAUUAUCCCGGAUGGUUGGUUUGGAACAAGACCAUGCCGGGUUAUCUUCCGAACGCGCCGCCGUUGAGCUACGAUGAUGUUGAGAACCGAGUCCGUGCAAGAAUUGGCAAGCUCCUUGAUCGACAUUGGUUUUCGACAUAUUUUGCAUAUCUUAAACAGGAACCACGCGACUCUAGUGCGGACAGAUUCCGGAUGUCGAGCGCCAUGAUGCUCACGCAUGCAUUCGAGUUGCUCUUCAGCGGUCUCACUGAAGCGAACUUUGAGGAUAUCAAGGAUCUGACACAGUCUGUCUACGGCGAUGGAAGUGAUAAACAUCAACAUCGAGCCACCUCUGAGAUCAUGGGAGCUCUGUUGUCGACUGCACCAGAUCUUCCAGCUGAGCAGCGUCAAGAAGUAUGGGAAUACGCAUUCCCCAUCGUCCGCGGUAUCUUCCAAGAUGGACUCACGCCCGAGAACUCAUCCUAUUGGACUACGUUCCUCCACGUCGUUCUACAAUCCAAAGACCCUAGGCGAAACUGGCCCCUUGUGGAUUGGCUUUCAAGCUUCCGCUUGGACAUGGAUUCCAACGCUGCCUUCAAAGAGUCCUCGAAGAUUCACCUGCUCCAACAGUGCAUCAGCGACAUUGGCUGGCACUUCCGACUGGAGAAACCCAUCCUGGAAGACUUUAUGAAGCAUCUUGACCACCCUUACAAGGGUGUGCGUGAAGCUAUGGGUCAGACAAUUGCCAGUAUUUAUCGUACUAGAUAUCACGAGUCGUAUAAGGACGUGAAGACGCUUAUGUCUGCCCAGAAAGGUGCGUCAUCGCUGGGUCUGAAGCCUUAUGAACCUGAUGAGGAAUACUCGGCAACAAUCACAGAAGUCUUCGAGAGGUUGGAGAAAUGGCGACAUGAGCGUACACCAGGUCAACAAACACCAUCAUCAUACACAUCGGGAGGCAAGACGGUGCUUCUUUGGCUUGACUCAACACUCACAUCCUACGAGUGCAUUCAGCUCGUCAAGUUCUUCCCAGAUGUCUUCAUGGAGCAGCUGCUACACAUGAUGGACAUCAAGGAAGACCCUGAGCUUCAAUCUCUUGCGUACCACGUCUUCCGCCAUCUCCCCAACAUUCCCCACCGACAAGGCGAAGAUGCGGGCUUCAUCGCAGCUCUCAUCCGCAUCGGCCGCAACGCGACAUCCUGGCACCAGCGUCUCCGCAUCCUCAUCAACAUCCAAGUCAUCUACUUCCGGCGCCUCUUCCUCAUGUCCGAAGAGCAGCAGCGCCAGCUCUUCGACUGUGUCUCCGCCAUGUUGGGCGACCUCCAACUCGAAGUGCGCAUGGGCGCCGCGACCACCCUCUCCGGCAUGAUCCGCUGCUCGCCCGUCGCGCUCCGCGACUCCAUGGUCGAAUCCCUCAAGUCGCAAUUCACGCAGAUGCUCGCGAAGAACCCGCUCCCCAAGCGCCGCAACCCGGGCACCCCGACACCGGACCACAACAAACUCAUCCUCACGCGCCACGCCGCCGUCCUCGGCCUCGGCAGCCUCAUCCAAGCCUUCCCCUACAUGAGCCCCCCGCCCGCAUGGCUGCCCGACGUCCUCGCCACCCUGGCCCGCAAGGCCGCGAGCGACCCCGGCAUGGUGGGCAAGAGCGUCAAGAGCAUCCUCGCGGACUUCAAGAAGACGAGGCAGGAUACUUGGCAUGCUGACGUCAAGGCUUUUGAGACGGAGCAACUUGAGGAUCUCGAGGGCGUGCUUUGGAAGAGCUAUUUUGCUUAA